CCACAUACGUCAACCUAAGUAAUAUAUGCCGAAGCAAAUGGAGAUUGAAGGCUUUCAGACUCUUCACGCGCACGUGUUGAGGAGCAAACCGGGAGUGGAAAGCGAGCCCUGGAGGCGGCAGUGCGGGUGUCUGAAGACCAGCGACAAGUUGAAGGAGCUUUUGAAGACAUUCCCCACGCCACCGCCUCCACCGUCGCCCGCCGAUGAACAAAUGUUGAGAAACCCUGAAUCGAACCCCUUUGACGUGAAUCGCGUCACAGUAUCAAAAUGCAUGUACCCAUCCUUCAAUUCACACAACGAUUGCAUAUCGGCGUUCUGCACUCACCACCAGCCGAUACGGCGGCCCCCCCUGCCCAAAAUACUGGACUUUCAGGACAAGGACAUUGCGGAACAAACGGAAGAAAAAAUGUUUAAGAAGUCCUUAGACCGUAAGUCCUGGAGCAUCGUGUACGACUUGGUGCAGCUGAUCCAGUUGUCCGUGACGGCGACGGCGCUAGCCCUGUACUACCUCAUCUACUGUUACAUGCAGCUCGUCUACUACACCCUGAGGAGUGCACUGUACUUCCAUAACGCUGAUGGGCCAAUGAAAGUGACGAUAGGAGUGGUGACGAUAACUUCAGUAAUAGUGGGUUUCAAUCUACUGCUGAGGAUGGAACGAUUAAUUGGCGUAUUUUGA